UAUAACGGGAGUUGUAGUGUUUUGUCAACCCAGACGGUGGUGAUUUAACGGGAGAACUUGGGAAGAAAACUUUCCCUAAGAUUCAUCUGAGAGUGGGUAGUGUAGUUUUUUAAAAGAAUCCCCAAACGGCUGAGCUUGGUUGCUAGGGAGAACUCCAAUCAUGGCGCGGUUUUACAACAGUAUAACGGGAGUUGUAGUCAGACGGUGGUGAUUUAACGGGAGGACUUGGAAGAAAAGUUUCCUAAAAGAUUCAUCUGAGAGUGAAAGGAAGUCAAAGGGAGCCCGGAUCAGGGCAGGUAGGGGACCUGGACGUGCAUCCACACCCACGAAGGAUGCUCUGAACUGAGAAACAUCUGCUGAAGUGUCCCCCUCAAUGCAGCUAUGGCCUCAGCGACGUCAAGCCCAGGACCUGCGUCUCUGGGCUCGCAGGUUCACGCUGCAGCCGUCAAUGGAGACAAGAGCGCCCUCCUCAAACUCAUCACAGAGCCGUCGCUGCGGGACCGUGAGGACCAGUUUGGCCGGACCCCGUUGAUGUACUGCGUGCUGGCUGACCGCCUGGAUUGUGCAGAGAUUCUGCUGAAGGCCGGAGCCUCGGUCAACAAGACCGACCACAGCCAGCGCACCGCUCUGCACCUCGCCGCACAGAAGGGGAAUGUGCGCUUCCUGAAGCUGCUGCUGUCCAGGCGUGCUAACUGGCUGCAGAAAGAUUUGGAGGAGAUGACCCCGCUCCACCUGGCCACCCGACACCCUUCCCCAAAAGCCCUCGCCCUGCUGCUCAAACACAUCGGACCUGGAGAGGUUGACACACAAGACAAGAACAAGCAAACUGCUCUCCACUGGUCAGCGUUUUAUAAUCGACCAGAGCACGUUCGCCUUCUGAUCAAGCACGACUCCAACAUUGGCAUCCCAGACAGCGAGGGCAAGAUCCCUCUGCAUUGGGCAGCACACAGUCAGGAGCCCAGCGCCACACAAACUGUCCGCUGUAUACUGGAGGCAGCUCCCACUGAGUCCCUGUUGAACUGGCAGGACUAUGAGGGCCGGACGCCCCUGCACUUUGCCGUUGCCGACGGUAACGAGGCAGUAGUGGAGGUGCUGACGUCUUACGAGGGCUGUAAUGUGACAGCUUAUGAUAACCUCUUCAGAACGCCACUGCACUGGGCAGCUCUGCUCGGCCAUGCUAGAAUCGUCCACCUGCUGUUGGAGAGAAACACAUCCGGCACUAUUCCCUCAGACAGCCAAGGAGCAACACCCCUGCACUACGGUGCUCAGAGCAACAAUGCUGAGACAGUGGGAGUGUUUCUGUCCCACCCGUCUGUGAAGGAUGAACCCGAUCUGGAAGGGAGGACGGCCUUCAUGUGGGCCGCCGGGAAGGGCAGUGAUGAUGUCAUCCGCACCAUGCUUUCGCUCACCCCUCACAUUGACAUCAACAUGGCCGACAAGUACGGCGGCACCGCACUCCAUGCGGCCUCCCUGUCCGGCCAUGUGAGCACAGUGAAGCUGCUGUUGGAGAGGGGGGCGAUGGUCGACUCUCUGGAUGUGAUGAAACACGCGCCGCUGUUUCGGGCUUGCGAGAUGGGACACAGAGAUGUCAUACUCACACUCAUAAAAGGUUCUGCACGUGUGGACCUGGUGGACGUGGAUGGUCACACAGCUCUGCAUUGGGCAGCUCUGGGAGGGAACGCUGAGGUCUGCCAGAUACUGAUGGAGAACGGGAUUAGUCCCAAUGUACAGGACCAGGCGGGACGGACUCCUCUGCAGUGUGCUGCUUAUGGCGGCUACAUCACCUGCAUGGCUGUUCUCAUGGAGAACAAUGCUGAUCCAAACAUACAGGACAAGGAGGGGCGGACUGCUCUCCACUGGUCAUGUAACAACGGCUACCUGGACGCUGUGAAGCUGCUGCUGGGCUACAACACCUUUCCUAAUCACAUGGAGCACACCGAGGAGAGGUACACCCCUCUGGACUACGCUCUGCUGGGAGGACACAGCGAGGUGACUCAGUUCAUGCUGGAGCACGGCGCUCUGUCCAUAGCUGCCAUCCAGGACAUCGCCGCUGCCUCCAUCCAGGCCGUCUACAAGGGCUACACCGUCCGCAAGGCCUUCAAGGAGAGAAAGCAGCUCCUCAUGAGGCAUGAGCAGCUGCGCAAGGAUGCAGCCAAGAAACGAGAGGAAGAACAGCGGAGGAGAGAAGCUGUGCAACAAGUCUCUGCAGAGAAACGGAGGGUCCCUUUGAUGAGACUAGAGCAGGAAAAGCUCUCUUUAGUGAACAUCAUAGAGGAUUUAUCCAUGAAUGACUCAGUGGUGGAAACAAAGAAAUCAUCCAAAGCUGAACGCGCUCAGAGCAAAGAGGAGAGACUCAAAGCCCACAAGAGCAGAUCCUCCAGAAGAAGUAAAGCAGCUGAAGCACAUGAGGCUCCUGAUGCUUCGAGUCGCCACUGUCAUGUGACCGGUGACACGGUGCUCAGUGCUCUCCAGACCACCAGGCUGAAGGAACUUCUCUCUCCUGCCAGCUGCAGCCAGCCGCCAGGCCUCAAACCCAGACCCCCCUCCAUGCCCAAAGUCAAGGACCGACCUUCCUCAAGCACAUGCAUUCCUUCCACAAGCGUCGCAGCGACGGACCAAACUGACACUAUUACCAGAGAAUGCGUCCCUCUAAAAAAGAGAGACGCUCCCAUGACUGUGCAGGCUGCCCCGGGCAAGACUGAUGUCCAAACCGCUCCACGAAAGCACAGAAACCACAAGGAGCAGACUUCAGAAAAGGCAGCCAGUAAUGACCAAACUGACACUCCCUCAUUAGGAAGCAGUUCAUCUUUAGACCACAAAAGCCCCCAGAGAAAGACUCAGUGUGUAACACACGCACCCAUCUCCACACGUACGCACAGGGAGCACAACAAAGAGCAGCGCAGGAGGAGGAACGAGGCUGCACGCAUCAUCCAGCGAGCUUGGCGAAGAUUCCACACACGCAGGCGGAGAGAGGUGACGGCCCGCGAGGAGGCGGAGUCAAGUUAUUUGAACUACGCCCACAACAGGAAGAAGACGGAGAUCCGAGGUCAACCCGCCAAACUGUCAGCGGGUAAAAGCUCAGUGCUGCAAAGUAUCUAUGGAAACUCUAUGGCCAGACGAGGGCGUUCACUUCGGGGCUCUCAGUCUCAGCUGCUCCUGGACAUGCCUUUACGCACCCAGAGCCAGUUGAGCGGUAUAGACUGUGUGCACCUGACUGACGCCGUGAAUCAAGCCAAGCAGUACUCCUACCACCUGAGACCACAUAGCGCUGGACAGGGAUCCAGAGGCCGGGGGAAACAUUGAAGCUACACACACACACAUCUCAUGUUCUUUGAUGUUUUCUCAGCUGGCUGGCGGCCUCACCUCUAUAGAAUUACUUUACACAUUGUUCGCUCAAUGUGCCAAGCUUUCUAAAAUUAAGCCAUAUGACAUCAGAGCCAUGACCUCACAGGGUGGGGUUAAGUCUACAGAAACGGUGUGUGUAAAAGAUAACCUUUCAUCCAUUGUGGAAGGAACACAUACACACGCCAUCUCCCUCGUUCUCCAUCGCUGUCGCACACACACUGAGAUAACCUUUCCUCCUGUUCUGGAGAAUGAGGCGGUCUAUCAACAGCCGGUCAUACAGAUAGCCCACCUGCAGCCACGGACACACACACACGCUCACACACACACAGUUACUCUCUACACAACAGACUGGACUCUAAGUGCUUUCCCUCUCAAGAGAAAGAUGUAUUUCAUAACUAUGCAGUUUGUAUUUACUUUAAUAUGCAUUUGCACAAAAAUAAUCCAUCAUGUGUCAUUUUAGUUGUACCUGAAUGUUUGUUUUUUUAUUGUAUUAUAAGAAAUAAAAUAUAAAAUAAAAUAAAAAUUGACACAAACGGCAGCGCA